UCAACAGUGCUAAAUACUCGGCCCAAUUGACUAUAUAUCGUCAAGUCCGAAACACCCUGCUUGUAUACCUGUCCAGUCGGUCAAUCUUGUGUACUUACAGUAUGUAUACCAUCGUUUCCUCCAACUCAGUCCAGCUGUCUUCUCCUAAGCCUUCGUUAAACGACAUGAUUCAAGAGGUUCACAUGAAAUCUAGACGAAAGUUGUCUUUGUAUAUCAUCAAUAUAAAAGGUCACCCGAUUAAAAACGUUUUGAACUUGGGUAAAAAGGUUCAACUGAGAGGCGAAAUACUGGACAAUAUUGAUGGCACCAACUUCGUAGCUGAAAACUGUUGGGUUUACAGCCGGAACAGUUUUUACCAAUUCUUGCAUAACGGUUGCGGUGACGGAUUUAUAUUUCCGUCGAACAUCGGAUUUAUCUCAAACUACGGAACUAUCAAAAGCCCUUUCUUUGAAGUUUUCCGACUACGUGAUAGCCACAGACUUUGGUUCCAAUGUAUUGUGAAAUUCUGUGACAAUGUCUGUCCCAGAAAGCUGUGUCUAUGGAGAGAACUGACGAAAAAUUCUAGGAACGAGGUUCGUCGAAAAUUGAUAUUCAAAGAUAAUUUCACGUAUACUGCACUAAACAAGCGUUAUUCUAUGCAGAGCGAAGUAUUUUACGUGAGUGACCCAUCUCGUCCCGUGUCACUUCCGGUUGUACAGAGUCGAAUGACAAACAACUCCAGCGUUGAGUUAUGGCGAGGAAAUAUUUAUCUGUUAUUGGCUGUUUACUCAAUAUAUUACAGUCUUCUUUUAGUGAUAACCUUUUAAAUGAACUCUCAAAGACAAGUAAACCAUUUCCAAAAUGUUGUGGAUUCCUGUGAAGGUGUUCGGUACAGAAUAAUUUAAAACGGUCGUCUUCUGUCCCAGAUAAUUCUGUCGGUUGAAGAACAUACAAGAAAAAUUUAACAUAUAACACACGGCAAAGACACACACACAUACACAUACGCUCUUACGCACAUACUUUCUACUCAACAAUAACAAAUAUGGCUGCGGUUUGUUUUAUCGAUAAAACCGCAGCCAUUUUGUAGACGUCUUUCACACGAUUGAUCUCUUGUUAGACAGUGUUAAGCAACAGCCAAUUGCUGCGAUAAAGGUUAUUUAAGCCUAAGAAUUAUUCAUUUACCGAUUACUAUUUAUUUAGAUGUUCCAAUUUUCUCUCAAGUUAAUCUUAAAAUAAAUAUGUAAAUAACCAA